AGCCACAACUGUGCUCCCCUCCACCAUGACUGAAAAAAAUCCACUGGUCAAGAGAACCACACCUCUGGAUGAGAACCUGGAACCCAGUAGAACCCAGGAGAACUCUGACAUCAUCAGGACCACGUCUGCCAAUACAAAGGAACUGAAGUCAAACAACAGCCCUGCAGAAUCUUACACACGCAAGGAGACUUUGGGGUUGUCAGCAACAGUACACCCCACUAGUGCCAGCUUUAAUGGAGGAUUUGUAUCUAAAAUGCACAAUCCAGUUACAGGGUUUCCAUAUGCCAAUACCACAUCAAAGUAUGUGCACCUACAAGGCAUAUCCCCUAUAGCAGGUGGCCUCUAUUCACCUAUCACUGGCCAAAAUGUGAAGGUGUGUAAGAUGUUUAUCUGUACUGGACAGAGAUGCUUUCGGUUUGUAAAUGCCACAGAGGAGCCUUGCAAGAUGGAAGAGAAUUUCUGUGAACUGAAGCGGACACUUCGCCAGGUAAGUUGGAUCGAGUCCAAGACCACCUGGACAGCUGGCUGCAGCGCUGACUGCCUACACACUGCCCCCUGCUUCUCACUGUACAAAUACCGAUGCCACCAGGAGUGCUGCGGAGCCAGCGCCACUUCCUGUCUCAAGCUGGACGGUUAUCUCCAUGUGCCCUCGAACGCCGCCUCUGUGACGUGUCUCUCAUCGUUGUCCCUGGAGGUGCCACUAAGCGGCACCUUCCUGACCUUCGGUCUGCUUGGAUUACUCGUCCAUCUUCUGUCUUAGAUGAUGUUGUGACGGUCCAUUAAGGCUUAAUGUGCCAGAUGAGCCCUGCGGUGCGGCCUUGGUUUGAGUCUGGCUCUGUAGUCACAGAAGGAGCCAAGGAGCACUAUUAAUGUGCCACUGAGGUCAUGAUUUCUCAUAAUUUGUCACCAGUAUCUCGAGGGCUGUUGAAUUCUGUGUAAUCAAACAGGGUAGGUCAGGAUAUAUGUAUCUGUUAUUGGCUUAGGUUAUGUCCCUUCAUACGGCAUGCAUAACAUUUUGCAGGUGUAGAAUGCUUGCCUACACUUAUAUAUCUUGGUGAUAGGAACAGGUAACAUAAGUUAACAUAGGAGAGCGGGGAGAGGGGACUUGCACUGUGAGUACCCGCCCUUUUAUAUACAUGGUACAUCCUAAUUUUGAUUUACCUUUCACUUUUAUUUACCUUUCACAACUACCUUUUUACCUUACCUUUCAGUUACCACCAAUUUUCUCAACUACUUUUGGAUUUCAUAGGAAGUGUUUAUUGCUCUCAGUUUCUUUGUGCAGGAACUCACCACAAGAUGGUGCCAUUGUUUGAAACUCGUCCGAAGAAAUAGAUAAAAAAAAGGCAAAAAUAAAA